AUGGUGGGCGUUGGAUACAGCUGCAGCUGCUUGUACUUCUCUUCGCAUCCCACUGUUUCGCGAUUCUCUUCAACAAGCACGAAGAACGCAAUAUCUGCAGGCAAUCCCAUCUGGGCCUCAACCAAUUCCUUCAAAUUCACACAAAUUUCUUGCAAACUUCCCGAGAGUGCAAAUAAAGGGAUCACAACCAGCAGGAAAAUGGAAGAUUAUAACGUAGCAAUGAAGAGAACGAUGAGGAACCCAUAUGAGUAUCAUCACGAUCUCGGAAUGAACUAUACUUUGAUAACUGAAAAUCUGAUUGUUGGAUCCCAACCUCAGAAAGUUGAAGACAUAAAUCAUCUGAAAGAGGACCAGAACGUCAGUUAUAUUCUCAACUUGCAGCAGGACGGAGACGUAGAAUAUUGGGGAAUCGACCUACCUUCUAUAAUAGAACGAUGCAAGGAACUCGGAAUCCGUCACAUGAGAAGGCCUGCAAGAGAUUUUGAUCCAGAUUCCUUAAGAAGUGGAUUACCGAAAGCUGUUUCCUCACUUGAAUGGGCAAUAUCAGAAGGCAAUGGACGAGCAUAUGUUCAUUGUACUGCUGGAUUAGGAAGGGCACCAGCUGUUGCAAUCGCUUACAUGUUCUGGUUCUGCAAUAUGGACCUUAACACGGCAUAUGAUACACUCACUUCAAAGAGACCCUGUGAAAACUUAUUCAAGAUCGUGUCCGCGCCCUUCGUGGGACUUGAGAACACUGAUGUAGAUCCGGCAAGCAAUGAAGUGUUUUGUGGAGUUGGAAGCUAA